AUGAAUUAUCGAUUGACAAGUGUUUUGAAAAAAUCUUCUUAUCAAAGAUAUAGUAGUAUAUUAUGUUCAGUAUGUUCAUGUUAUCGUUCAUGUCAAUUAUUUACUACAAAUUAUUGUUGUUCACCAUUAACAAAACAUCGUAAACGUCAAGUUUGUGAUUCAUGUAUUCAUCAACAUGUUUUAUCAAAACUUUAUUCAUGUUUAACAAGUUGUAUAGCAUGUCCAGAAUUUAAUUGUUCUGCUAAUUUAUCACAAUCAGCUAUAUGUGAUAUAUUAUUAAAAUAUAGAAGUAAUGAUUUAUUAAAUGAUUAUUUACGUGAACAACAAUGGGAAGGAAAAAAUGAUGAAUGGAUUAAAAGAUUUGCUACACGUUGUCCAGGUUGUAAUGCUCCAAUUGAAAAGAAUGGUGGUUGUGAUGAAAUGAUUUGUAUUCGAUGUCAAACACAUUUUUAUUGGUCUAAGGCAAAGAGAUAUUUUCAUGAAACUAUAAAAUAUGAAUAUCAAUCUUUUUAUAUCUUUCAUCCAGUUGUUGAUCGUGUCAUACUUGUAUUUGUUCUUCUCUUUCUUAUCUUUUGUGCUGUUAUGUUUUUCAAAUAA